UGCGCUUUAAAGGAAUUGGAUGAAGCUGCCGCGUCUCUCUCUACGGCUCAGAGGAAUACAAACACUCCGUUUUCUUCUGCUUAACGAUUUUUCUUCAAACGCAACAACUUGCAGCUGAGAUUUUCUGAAAAGAGACGAUUAUUUUUUCAUCUGUUCUUAGUCGGGUUUGGACACGAUUAACGGGAAAGCAAGUUUUACGCGUAACAGCCAGAAAGGGACUUCACAUCCGCGGCUUUUGUAUUCAUUUCCCCAUAAAUAAACUUUUGACAUUUUUUCUCUAUGGGAAUACAGAAAUGAGCUUUUACGACUUUAAAAUCAGCGGAAUGUUUUGAAUGGUUUACCUCGAGUGGUAAUAGGGAGCGUCUUCGUUGAGCACAGGCUUUCUCCGUAAACGUUCCGCGCUGAAUAAAGUAAACAGCCUAGACUCUUUGAAAGCUCGCAAACCCAAAUUGGACUUUACUCCUUUCCCCCCCAAAUCAGCGCACGAGCUCGAGUCAGUUGAAUUUUCUCCGGCAUGGAAUUCCAGUGGAACCAACCUUCAAAGUGGAAGAUGGCUUUUUCCUCCCCUCAGGUUCCAGCCUAAUCCCCCCUCCGUGCCUAAUGGCACAGUGACAGCCACACACUCAGCUUUUUGCAAAGGUUAAGAAUGGCAGCAGCAGGUGUACUAACUGGAUUGGCUAAGCUAAAACGCCAAGACUCCGCCCGCUCUCAUAACCGGAACUUACAUGCAGUGCCAGGCCAGGGAAACGCUCCAGAAGCGGCCCCCAGAAAGCGAAAACGACGCACUGAUGUUGUGAUAGUACGCGGCAGGCUACGCCUCUACUCUGCCUCUGGAUUUUUCCUCAUUCUUGGACUGGUCAUAUUAUCCGUGGGGAUCUUCAUGGCGACGCUGGGCUACUGGCCGCACAAUAAAACCAUGCCCUCGGACAGAUCGGCAAGUGGAAGAAGAGCUAAAACGUCCGCAACAGGGGAAGGAAAAGCAGUCAAGAUCCCCCACACAGAUGAGGAUGUGGCUAACUCCAGCAAGGGGCAAAAUGUUCCAGGUGCGCCCUCUAAGCAGAUCUCGGGUGCUCUGGCACGGUUCCUGGAACAGCACCGUCACUCUGAGCGGAUGAAGAUGUUCGGGCCAUUCACAAUGGGCAUUGGGAUUUUCAUCUUCAUCUGUGCUAAUGCCAUCCUUCAUGAAAACAGAGACAGAGAAACUAAGAUAAUCCACAUGAGAGACAUGUACUCCACCGUCAUUGACAUCCAUCGCCUCAGGCAGAAAGAGCAGAAGCAACACCAUCACAGCAACAGCGCCUUUGCAAGGGAAGUUGGGGAUCUGCGAACGUUUGGAGCUGAUAACGCAGGACGAUUGGGCAGCAACUCCCUCCUGGCGUUCUCCAAUCGGGCCGGAGGCUCGGCGGAAGAGGAGGAGGUGCUGCUAGGGGACGAGGAGUAUUACCGACAAGGGGGGCAGGCUAAGUUGGAUUGUAGCUUUGCGGGGCUGCUGGCGCCGCUCUACAAGGAUCGCUCUUACGGCGGCCCGGGGCUCGGGAGGGCUCACUCGGAUGCGGUGCGCCACCAGUGGUCGGUGGACGGAGAUGGGGAGAAAGGUGGACACCAUGCGCGCUCUAUUGUCUCCUCCUCGAUCUCUGCGUUUACUCUCCCGGUUAUAAAACUCAACAACUGUGUUAUUGACGAACCGGAGAUGGAGGCGAUCACUGAGGAAGACAGAGGAAGAGAGCGGAGGGAUGGGAAGAGGUCAAAGCCUCUGAGCUCCAUGGAGUCUUUGGUGGUUCCUGUACCAUCUGUUGCCAAGGCCUCCAAACCGCCGGGCUUACACCGGAGUAACUCAGCCUCCUCUUCCUCCUACUGUUCCUCCGUCUCCUCUUGCUCCCUCUCACCCGCGCCCUCCUCUACCUCAGGCUGCUGGCUCUCCCCGGGAGCAGCAAGGAGCGACUUUGGCUCCAACUCCUCCUUGCACAUGCUCGGCAGUCACUCCAAAUCUCUGGAUCUGGAGCGCGGGCCGAGCAUGCUCAGCGUUCACCCGGAGCAGCGGAAACACCCCAGCUGGCCCCGUCUCGACCGUAGCAACAGCUGCCGUAGCAACGGAGGCAACCGCCUCAGCAGUAAAGGCUACGAGCGGCUGGAGGAUAGGGAGGACCAAGGCGAGCGGCUGUUAGAUGCGUCCGUUAGGCGCGACUACAGCAAGCGGGACAAGCUGCUAAUGAUAUCCAGGUCGCAUAACAAUCUGAGUUUUGAGCACGACGACUUUAACAGGAGCACGCUGAAGAGGGGCAACUCGGAGACUCGGUUCUGAAGACGCGGAACUAAAGGUUCCUGUCAUGUUCUGUAAACUGAGUGUACAGUCCGUUUGUUUCAGGGGGAAACUGAUGAGUUUAACAGCUGUACCCGAGAAAGGAUAAACUCAAAUGUGGUUUGAAAGAAACUAUUUGAGCAGCGGACUGGAGAGUAAGGGGUGAUGGACCAAUUUUCAAAAAUCAAAAGGUUCAGGCCUCAUGUCGGCUGAAUGCCUGCUGUGCCAGGUCUGGAGGUGCUGUUCUGUAUCCGACCCUGACCUGUGAGUUCCCAGGAAAGACACGCUCCCAACAGGGAUCAAUGAAAAUUAAUUACAUAACAUUACAAUUCUACUUUAUAAAAGAGUAGUUCUAGAAAGUAUUUCAACAGGUUCUCAACUUUGAGACUUCCCUGCUGUUUCAUUAUAACUGGUUUUGGAAAUUGCUUUUUCGUAAAGUGUUACAAGGUUUCUUUCUAAGCAGGUGGCAGUGAAGCAAAGGGGAAUCUUUUAUAAAAGAAAGAAGAUCCAGGCACAACCUGAGAAAUGAGCAGGAGCUGUUUAUUAUCAGAAAGAUUUAAAAAAGUUAUUUUAAUGAUCUUUCCUUGUAGGGAACCUUUGAAAACAAAAAUACAAAGUGCUAACAAUGGUUAUAUAGACUGAUGGCAUAUUCAACUGAUGGUGAUGGUGUUAACACAGGAGACCAUGAUUGGCUAACUGCAAGGUCCGAAACACAUAGAUAUAGUGGUAAAGUAUGUGUUUUGAAGGUGCUUAAUGUUUGUUUGUUUGUUAUAGAUCCACAUAGUUUGGACAAAAGCAGUUACUAAAACGUCAAUAAGCUAGAGCCAAGAUAUAAGUUGUAUCAAGACCCUCCAGGCUAUAGAAUACAAUAACAGAGUCCAUAUUGCUCUGCAGUCACAGUGUUGCUGCCAUUUCUCCGUGAACUUCAGUAAAGUUUAUAGUCCGCUACUGAAAACGACAAGUAACAGUCUUUGGCUGUGCUGCAGGCAUCUUGAGUUUGUUCCAUUUAUUGACUUCACUCAGGAUACGCAUUCUAUUACCCAUGUGUUGAUCAUUUUUGUUGACUUAGUCCCAAACCUAUUCAGUAUUAGAGGAAGUCCUAAUAUGUGAAUAUUAAUAGACUAGAGGACAGCCAAAAGGAUGAGAAAUCAGGGCUGUAAUUAUUUUCAAUAAUAUUCUAUGAAACGUGAAAUGAUGACAAAAUAGCAAAUCACAUCUAAGGAAUUUCAGUUUGAUAAAUGACUUUAGAGAAUAGCGAUUGGUUCAUUUUAAGUCGAUCAAUAUAUUUUGGGCUCUACUUCGAAAAAAAACCCUAUACUUUAAACAGAUAUCAGAUUAUGUGUGUGUAUCAGACUGCCAUUGCAUUCUAGCAAUCAGCAAAUUAUCUUGUGUUAUCUGUAAAUCCGUCCAGCUGAAAAAGUAAAGUCCAACUGAACUUAAGUACCAUUUUUCUUGUCUGUUACAGCAUACAUAUCUGCUCUUUAUCACCAACCAACAUUAGCUUCCCUGCUCCCUUUUAUACAAUUAAAAAAAGCACAUCUUGUUCAUGUCGGAAGAGCGGCCAAACACACAUUCCCUCCUAAUAAGUUCGCAGGGUGGAAAUCCUAUUAUCUUCCCUGCUUUGGUUGGACUUUAAAAUGUGAGCCAUACCGUGUUGCUUUUAUAUUUAUUUAUUUUCUCUGGGACGAUAUUUACCAUGUGCUAAUGAUUGCAGUUUGGAAAUCAGGAAUUCAGCUACUGAGCAACAUAGUAAUAAUGUCUCAGCGUAUUUUGUUAACAUGUCGUCCCAAACUGAAUAUCUGAAGACACUGCUCUUUCUAUCUUCAGUAUGUGAGCUUUUAUGAUGCCUAAAGAUACAUUUGAACAGAUUAGUCAAUGUACUUCUAACGUUCUCUGUGCUACCUUAAAUGCAACACAUGUUGAAUGAUUAAACAUCGAUGGAGCCUUUUUUGUGUGAAGGACUCUUAGCAGAGAGUUCCAUAUACCGGUUCCAAAGCAGUUUAUUGGUAAAUGUUUAAAAUAAAUUGUAUUUUCACUGAAA